ACUGUUGGGAAAAACCCUGCAGCACUGCUGACCUAAUCUUCUACACUACAGUGUUUGUUUAAAUUACAGAACUCUAUUGCAUUGUCUGAUGAGAGCUAUUGUUGUUUAGACUUGCUUUCAGCGAUUAGAUUACAGUUUAAGGAAAGCAUGGUGUUUAUGACAGAAACUUGACUGGACUAGAGAAGGUUUGGAUUCAUAAUGACGGAUGAAAAUGGAAUCGGAAUCAGAAUGUGAUUCUAUUUUAAUGACACUGGAAACGGCGUUGAUUUUUUUUAUUUUUACCUAACAUCCGAUGGACCAUAUUUUGACGUUGUCACUGAAGUGAAACUACAUCUGAAGCCUUGCAUAUGAUAUGACAAGUUAACUUACUGAAUUAAAAUCCACUUUUGCUUAUACAUUUCAUUUCUUGGAGGGUCAAAUGGAGCAUUCUGGCUGUGUAAAUUUAUGCAGCCUUACCAGCACCCUCCCUGUGAUCCCCUAUCAGAAGCUCACUGACUUGCACUACCUGAGCAGGGGAGGGUUCGGCACGGUGUUCCGAGCUCAGCAUUCUGACUGGAGGACUACAGUGGCAAUCAAGUGCCUCAAGUUAGACUGUCCUGUCGGAGAAAGGGAAAGAAACAGUCUUUUGAAGGAAGCAGAGGUACUCCAUAAAGCCAGGUUUAACUACAUUAUCCAGAUUUUUGGUGUCUGCAAUGAACCUGAAUUCUUCUGCAUUGUGACAGAAUAUAUGAGCAAUGGAUCGCUGGACCAGCUACUACACGAGAAAGAAAUCUACCCAAGACUUGCCUGGUCAUUGAGACUCCGUAUCCUCUAUGAAAUUGCAUUAGGAGUGAAUUUUCUACAUAAUAUGACACCACCUUUGUUACAUCACGACCUGAAGACUCAGAACAUCCUUCUUGAUGCUGAAUUCCAUGUGAAGAUAGCAGAUUUUGGACUUUCAAAAUGGCGUCAGCUAUCUAUUAGUAAAGCAUCUGGCUCCAAGCCACCUGAAAUGGGAGGGACGGUUAUCUACAUGCCUCCAGAAGAGUAUGAGCCUUCCAGGAACAGGAGGGCAGAUGUGAAGCAAGACAUGUACAGCUAUUCAAUAAUUAUGUGGGAAGCCCUAUCAAGGAAGAUACCAUUUGAAGAAGCUACAAACCCCAUGCAGAUCAUGUUUAGUGUUUUGAGAGGAAGUCGUCCAGAUACCAGCGAAGAGAGUUUGCCGUUUGACAUCCCUGGCAGAGACACCUUGAUAGAGCUUAUGACCAGUGGCUGGGCAACAAAUCCAGAUGUACGACUCUCCUUCAUAAAGUGUUUAAUCGAACUAGAACCUAUGGUACGAAUGUUUGAUGAAAUAGAUGUGCUUGAAGCAGUGCUGGAAGUAAAGAAAUCCAAAUUAGUCAGUGGAUCACGUUAUUCAUCAAGUUCAACUUCUGAGAAGUGUCAAAAAGGACAGAAAACUCUGAAUGUAAUGAAAAACAUCCCUCCUUGGCAGGAUGACAGCUCUGCCUCGUGGUCCUGUUCAGAAGAAGCUGGCUUUUCACAGCCCCAGUUCCUGACUGUCAGCUGUGCUCCUCCUUCUAACAUCAGUCCUUCCAAAGAUUUGCAAGAGUCUUCAAAUGAUUCGUAUUCAAAAAAGAUGGAUUUUAAAGAGAAUUAUAAUUAUAACAUACCAGUGCAAUCAGGGCACAUCCAUCUGAAUCCUCUAUCAAAUAUCCCGGCUGCAGGGCAAGAUCUGCCCAUGACUUUGAUUGCCCCAAGUUUCGAGGAGAACAUGCCUAAUCAGCAGAUUUACCAAAGUGCCAGAGCACAGUCAGGCUUCAACAUCCCUUGCAAACCGUCUGUCCCUGAGUCUGAAUGUUCAGACCAGCUUAGUAAAAUGACAGUGCAACCCAGCCCCACAGUUUUUAUUCCAGAGUAUGCACAGCCAGGAGUAGCGCAUCAGUGGAUCCAAGCCAGAAGAGAAGAUGUUGUUACACAGAUGACUGAGGCUUGUAUUAACCAGUCUCUGGAUGCACUUCUCUCCAGAGAGCUCCUAAUGAGAGAGGACUACGAACUCAUUACCACCCAGUCAACAAGAACUGCUAAAGUCAGGAAGCUGCUUGAUAUUUGUGACAGCCAGGGAGAGGACUUUGCAAGAAUCAUUGUUCAGAAACUAAAGGAUAAUAAGCAAAUGGGACUACAGCCUUACCCAGACGUGUCACCUACCAUUUUCGGUGCAUCUUCAUUGACCUUCGAGAACCGGAAAAAUUUUUAACGUUUCAUCCUGUUUUUCAGUGCAUAUGAUAUUGGAUUGCCUUCUUCAAAAGAAUGUGUUCUCAAUAAUUCUGUGUAAGUGGAGGUGUAUUUAUAAGUAUUGAAACUCAUUACAGUGAUCUUGAAGAGACUAAGAAUUGGACCUUGUUAUGCAGGAUUCUGUCAUAAUAAAAGUAAAGACCAAACUCUUACUCUGCAAAACUUUUUAUUUGAUUGUAAGUCUGAAAUGUCCGCCGCUCUGAAAAUUAGUUUUCGAUGGUUUUAAUAAAUGUGUACACCUCCUAUCUACAGCCUUAAUCUGGCAAAUAAUACAGCGAUACAGCCCAGUAAUGCAAUACUCCUAUGGUUAUGGUUUUAAAGGCUUUAAAAUCGUACUACAUAGGAAAAUUGAAAAUUUAUCUUCCUAUUCAAAGUGUAACUGUAGCAAAAAACACAGACAUAAAAGGAACAGCUGGGUUAACAUAGUGUUUGAUUCAAUUUUUUUAAAUUCUUUUUUUAAUUAUUUUAUCAUUUGUGCUGUUUGCUAGUCAGUUGGCAUCCUUUGGCUUUAAAACAAACUUUGUUUUGUUUAAAACUAAAAUGUUCCUGUUAAAAUUGCUCGUACUUGCUUUGAAGUCUGCCUCGCCUCUGUCUGGAUGCAUUUGUUGUCGCAGUUGUUUUUCCUUCUCCAUGAGCAGCACAUCGUUUAUGGAGUGCUUUAUCAUCUUCAGAUAUGCGUACGAUACAUCUGUUUGUAUUGCUCUGCUGUCUUUCACCUCCUUUUCAAACUGUUGGAUUUUUUUUCUUGGCCUUUAAUUUUUUUUUUGUACUUGGCUACCAAUUUGCCGGUACGGUAUUCCUGUUGCCGAAUAUGAUGCCGAUGUCAAAAAUUACUUCAAAUGUUUUCUUUUUGAAAGUGUAACAUGUUUGCGUUUCCCAGUCCUUACCAUUUCAGUAGGUUAACGUUGCGCUUUUCUAAACUGGUUUCUGGUUGCAUUGUGACUGGUUGGAAACUUGCAGGUAAAACUGGGCUGUUCGUCUGAGCGGUCAGUUCAUAAGUGUGGUGUUUGUGACUCUGAUCUUCUACUGUAGCUGAAUCCGUUCCUAAACAGAUUCAAAAUCAGGGGGGGGGUGGGGGGGUAAGGGUUAGGCUAUUCCUCUUCCACCUUUAGAAACUGCUUCCAUGAUAAAGUACUUCUCAAUAGACAUGUAUCCUAUAGUUCCAAAAAUGGCUUUUCAAGGUUGUGAAAAACUUUGACACAAGGAAGUUACUUGAGGAGAUGUUUCCUUUUCAGUGGCGUGUGUUUUGGCUGUGUUUUGGUAUCUGAAUAUCCUGAUAUAUUCUGUGCUGUGUCGUGCAAACCUGUGCUUCUGAAUAAUACCGUUUGUAGAAGUCAUUUGUGUUACAUCAUGACCGUUAUCAACGUGCCAUAUUCAAGAAUGGAUAUACAGUAUGGCAAACUUCUUUUUUUUUUUUUCAGGAUUUUUUGAGCAGUUGGUGCAAAAUAAAAUGAAAUACAAACUUUCAGUGCAUAUUUUGUACUUCUCAGUUUGUGCUUUUACUACACCUGCUGUACUCGCAGUACACUGGGGGGGUGAACUAUAAAAAUACAUUUAAACUGUAUACGCCAAAUGUAAGAGAUUCUAGAAAUAUUUUUGUGUGUAUCAAGUUAAUUUUAAUGCUAGGGUUUGUUGUACACUGCUUUGCCCAGAUUUGUGGUGUGUGUGUGAUCAGUAAGCCUCUACAGCAUGUAGUAGUUUAUGUAUAAGUGCUAACAAUGAAGCCUAGGGUAUUUCCUGGGGAUUCAUUAACUAAGAAAGAGAGCUGUGAUCAAAAGGUU